ACGGUGCUCACCGGGGGGACAUGUCUAUCUGACGGACUUAAGGUUGGAUGUGUACACAAGCUGGGGCUGAAUUGCCAUUUAUUUGUACCUUAUUUUAAAAGCAAACUUGAUAUGAAAAAUGAACCAGCAAGGAACGAGUGACGCCUCUGUCAACCAAGUCCACCAUCAGGAAUAUAGACCAGCGAAACAAAACGUUUGCAUAGAUUCGUGGGCAUCUGUUUGACUCUUGUCACCUAAUCAUUCUCCAUACAUUAGUCAAUAAUGGAGUGCUUAAAGAGAUUAAGACCUUUGUUUCUCCCUCCCCGACCACUUUUACCAUUUUAUUUCACACAGCACUGUCUCUGUUCAAGGUCAGAGAACGUCAAUAGGCCACAGAGUAAGAGGGCAACAUUAGAUACAUUUAAAACCCAGUUGUCAUCUGGUCCUACUUUUCAAGACUUUGUCAAAGGAAUUGACGUCAACAAAACACUCCUUGUUUCCGAGGAAGACGAUGGGCCUCAUGCAUAUCUGUCCGAGGACUUGGACAUGGGAAAUGACAGAAAAGUCUGCUUUGAAACGUAUGGCUGUCAAAUGAAUGUCAAUGACACUGAGAUAGCCUGGUCCGUAUUGCAAAAGAAGGGAUACCAACGAACCAAUGAUCCUUAUGAGGCUGAUGUUGUCCUUCUUGUAACAUGUUCUAUCAGAGAAAAAGCUGAGCAAACCAUCUGGAACCGACUGCAACAACUCACAGCCAUGAAGAGAAAGCGCUUAAAGAACCGCACACCAAUGAAAAUUGGCAUUUUAGGUUGCAUGGCGGAGAGGUUGAAGACUGAACUCCUGGAGCGGGAGAAGCUGGUGGAUGUUCUGGCGGGCCCUGAUGCGUACCGGGACCUCCCGCGCCUGCUGACGCUGGCAGACAGCGGGCGCCAGGUCAGCAACGUCUUGCUCUCAUUGGAGGAGACCUACGCCGACGUCAUGCCUGUCCACCGCGGGCCUCAGGGAUACAGUGCGUUUGUGUCUAUCAUGCGCGGCUGCGACAACAUGUGCAGCUACUGCAUCGUUCCCUUCACCCGUGGCAGGGAGAGGAGCAGGCCUUUGAGCUCCAUUCUGGACGAGGUUCGCCUGCUGUCUGACCAGGGCGUGAAGGAGGUGACCCUGCUGGGCCAGAACGUCAACAGCUACCGGGACACCUCGGAGGAGCAGCACCGUGGGCCAGACCCCACCCAGCUGAGCCGCGGCUUCCGGACCCUCUACCGCAGCAAGCAGGGCGGGCUGCGCUUCGCCGACCUGCUGGAGCGGGUGUCCCACAUCGACGCUGACAUGAGGAUCAGGUUCACCUCCCCGCACCCCAAAGACUUUCCCGACGAGGUUCUGCAGCUCAUUGCGGAGCGAGGGAACAUCUGCAAGCAGAUCCAUCUCCCAGCACAGAGCGGCAGCAGCCAGGUGCUGAAGGCCAUGCGUCGAGGCUAUACCAGAGAGGCCUACCUGGACCUGGUGGAUAACAUCAAGAGAAUAGUCCCCGGUGUGAGCCUCAGCAGUGACUUCAUCGCGGGCUUCUGCGGGGAGAAGGAGGAAGACCACCUGCAGACUCUGUCUCUCAUCGGGGAGGUGGGCUACAAUGUGGGCUUCCUGUUCGCCUACAGCAUGAGGAAGAAAACACACGCCUCCCACGCCCUCCAGGACGACGUCCCCGGUGAGGUGAAGCAGCGCCGGCUGGAGGAGCUCAUCUCCGCCUUCAGGGAAGAGGCGGCAAAGGUCAACAGCGCCCUGGUGGGCACCACACAGCUCGUCCUGGUGGAGGGGGCUAGUAAGAGAUCGGCCCAGGACUUGUGUGGCAGGAGUGACGGGAACGUGAAGGUGAUUUUCCCCAGGGAGGGGAGGGACAGUUCUCUGGACUCUGGUAUAGCCGAGGCCAAAGCUGGAGACUAUGUACUAGUGAAGAUAACGUCGGCAAACUCCCAGAGUCUGCGGGGGCGUGCUCUGAGCCUCAGUUCUCUAAGUGACAACCCAGUACAAUAGGAUAAACUGAUUGGCCAGCUCGACACAGAAGCUUCUAGAACCCUUGUCUAAUAUCCACACACACACAAGAUGUAGCCAUUUAGGACAAAAUGUAUUGUUGAAAGUAAAUGUAUUUAAUGUAACUUAUUGAAGCAUUCAUACAUUUAAAGGAAAAAUACUUUUGUUGGUGUUAAUACCUGGAUGUGUGCAUUAAAAAACAUAGGAAACUA